GUCCUGGAAACUGUUCAGUUACAGAGCAGAUGCAAGCCAUUAAUGGCUAAGGAAGCAUCCCUUCCAGCUUCUUUGCAUGUUGGGGAUAAGAGCUGUCUUGAAACAUAAACAAGAAAUGUUUCUGAACCUGGAGCUAGAAACCACAUCCACAGGGUUCCAGCGUGCCUCAGUUUGGGCCAGCGGAUAGGUCCGCUCCCCAUUCCAGAAUGCUUUGGCCUCCUUCCACCCCCGAGGCCUCAUUUAUUCUUUUAAAAAAUGAUUUAGCCGUCGCAAGCUCAGCAUCUGCAGCUUCCCGAACAAUGAAGGAUUGUAAAGUGCGAGCUGGGGAAUGAGCGAAAAUCUUCACUUGGGUCACAGUUGCUCGGCGGAACUGGGGGCUUGUUCUAAGGAAGUGCAAUUGGCAAAAGGGGGGACAGAAAGGCGUCUUCAAAAGUAACGGCUUCCUCCCAACUGCCCCUCGCCACCUCCCCCCCGCCCCCCGCCCCUCCAUAAAGUAGAGGACCAGUGAUGUUGAGGCGAGCUCUUUAAAUAAAUGGACUCCUUCUCUACUCUCUUGGCAACAGCAGGGGUGUUUGUGCUCUGGGACGGAGCUCUCUAACCAGCUAUAUUUAUCUUGUAGCUGUAUAUACACACACUCACACACACACACACACACACACACACACACACACACACACACACACACACACACACACACACACACACACACACUCGUGCGAGGGGUUCGUCAAUGAGAGCGGGGCAGCUGGCCAGAAGCCCGUGACUGCAGAAACUUUGUUCCGUCGUCGUUUGACUUUCAGCUCCGAGUGCAGAUAACAGGGUCUUGCUGCAGAAGAGCAGGACGCUGGCCCCCUGAGGGCUCCAGGAAGGAUCCCCCGACUCCAGGGAAAGGGCAGGGGCUGGGGACCAGGUGCACAAGGAAGUACCUGGGCAGAAUGGAGUUCCCCAGAAGCCCCCGGUUUGCCAUGGAAGAAGGUCUCAGGAGAUUGGAAGAGGAGGAAGAGGAUGGCAAUAGCAGCAAUGUGGUACGGCAGGAGCUGGACUGGCUGCAAUUGUACCUCAGCCCAUUACCUGACAGCUACAUGAAGGCAAAAUUCACCUUGUCAGCCUACCUGGCAUGCUGGCUCAUUCUGAAACUCUGCAAGAAAGCCUAUGAGCAAAGAUCACGUUCAUCUAAAAAGACACCAGAGCCAGUAGAACCCUCACCAGGUGACCUUGAGUUGGAAGACACCCAGCUCCUGUCCUCCACGGUAGACCUCGAGAAGCAAAGACUGAGCCAGGAGACGGACGAGGAUUACUUUGAGACCCAGUCUCACCAGAGCGAGUGUCCAUCAGAGGUCAAGACUGAGCCAUUUGAAAGUGCUUCUGAUACUGACUCACUGCCCAGUGACAUCCCAGCAGAAACCUGCUCUGGUUCUCAGCUCCUGGCCUGUGAGAAGGAAGCAGCAUGCAAUGGAGCUUCUGAUAUUGGGGCAGCCAGUUCUCUGCAGGAAUUUCAUUUGGUCAAUGCCCAGAGGCUUGGAGGAGAGCAACAAGUGGACUUUCCUCCUGACUUAAAGGGAUCUGCUGGCAAAAGCGAACUCCUCAUAUCCUCUUCUGGAACUGGGAAGGGACAGACAAAAGAGACAGAACCAUCCAGGCUAGGGCAGGACCCCCAGUUGCCUUUUGAAUCUCCACUGGUGACCAUCCCUCUACGAACCAAGAUUGGCUCAGACGGCAGCAAAGAGGAUAGUAGCUGCCAACCAGCCAAGGAGGUAAAAGUGAAGGACUCUGCAGGCAUCUCAGACCCUCUUCUUGAGGAACCCAAAUCAGAAAGCUUCUUGAGUGCUGCAGCACCCCAUCUAUUUCCCUUCUGGUCUUGCAAAUGGGGCCGGAGUUUGUCAGAUAGCUUGCUUGAGAAAAAGAAACGAGGCUCCAAAGGGAACAAAGAGAAAUCGACAUCCCGUCUUUGGCAUGGGUCAGUGCCUCACAUAGAUUGUCCCAGGAGGAAACUGUAUGAUAGUGAAACCUCUUUAUUUUCAAGAACAAGGAAGAAAAUUCCAGAGACAAGAAAAGAAACAGACUUGCCCUUAUACCCAUUCUGCUUACAACUGCCCCAUUGUACCCCAGUCAAAACCUCUAACCUCUCAUGGACUAAACUAUGGCACAGUGUUCCAGAAAAUAUUGGUUCUCAAAGCAAGGGACCUUCGGAACACUGCUGUCAGUGUCCAAGUGCACUUAGGAGGAACAGAUCUCUGGCAAGUUUCUCCACAGGACAGCCUGAGAGCUCCAGGAGAAAACACUUUGUCAAGUUUGGGAGCCUUUCGAAGGGAGCAAAAAAAGUAGACCAAGCUCUAAGGAUACACAUUAUUACUUCCGGUGCCUGCCCAGACCCUGUGCCUAGUCAGCUCCCACAUCCACCCACUACUCCCCAAAGGGGUGAUACCAGUCCCCAGGGUCAGCCAGAACUCCAUGCUUUUAACUUAGAAAGGGGCCUGCCCGUGGAAGACCUCAAGCUGAAAGGCUGGUCAGGGCAUGAUUCAGAGCACAGAGCACAGAGAAAUCAGUGCCAGAUUUCUACAUACCCCACAUCAGAGUCAUUGAGCAUCAAUGCUGAGGAACUGCCGGGGCCCACCAAUUGCAGGUCUAAACACGACAGAGUUGCCCAUGAGUUGCUUCGUGGCAUCGAUGCUACCUCCAAAGCUGCCAGUGUGGACGAUAAACAAAGGCAUCCCGUAGAUAUUUCUGUCAAGACAGGAAAUCAAACCAGUAAUUAUACAGCCAGGGAUAUUCCAAAUGAGAAAAUAAGUCUCUCCCCUGACCUCAAGCAAAUUGAGCCUCAAUCCCCAAGUCAUCGGAGCAAUAGAGACCUGAUGGGUUGUUCUGGACCGAAUCUGAGUUCAGAUGAUCCAGAGAAAGCAUUGAAAUCAAGUGAAAGAGACAUCGCAAAGGAGGAGGUUAUGGUGCCCGAUCCCAGCUGUGGAAGCUGCGCAUCAGGAGAUUAUUCUGAAGUGACUUUGCUAGAAGUCAGCACUGAGGAGGAACAAAAUGCUUCUGGGUCAGCAGAUAAGACCACACCCCCUCCAGCUUUCCAGCGGCCCCAGGCCAAGUCAGAGAAAAACCCCAAGGGCAAAGCAAGCCUUAUCAUUAUAGCUGUGGAGCAGAAGGGUUUGCAGGCUACCAGGCGGAAACCAAAUCCUGCAAAUUCUGUUUCAGAAAUUAGACCAAGUGGGACCCUUGGAAGCUUCCAGGAGGAAACCUCUGAAUCACUCAGUGAUGCCAGCUCAGCUCUCUGUGGGCUUAAUGGGGCUGAGGAAGUAGAGACGAAUGGCAGUGAAUGGAGGCUACAUGAACCCACUGUCCCAGAAAGCAAAGAAGACUCCCUGGGGGUGAAUGUGCCUGGAGAGAACACAGACUGGGAACAACAGGUCACUGAGGAAACAACCUUAGAAGAAACUCAAGGCCCUGAUGCUGACUCAAAGGAGGAGCCCCUGGGUAGAGUUGAUUUGCUUUUGGAAAAGACUUGUCCACCAGGAAAGGAUUCGAGCAUCCUAGGAGUUGAGUCCUUCCACUCAGGGACCCUGAGGGUGCAUAGAGAUGAUGGAAUGAAUGACCACUCAGAAGAGGAGCUAUUAGUUGGUAGCCAGGACUCAGAGGCCAGACUUAAUACAAAGCAAGUGGAUUUAGCUCCAGAGAAAGAGAGGGAACAUGACAUUUGUAUGAACCAUUUGACAGAUGCCACUCAAACAUCUGCGGGUCUAAACCUCCCUGAUGCAGCCUUGAGAGACACCACUAAUGCAGAAAACAUCUCUAAAGGGAGGGGAGUUGAAAGGGAGACUGAGGACUUCAAGCCACUGAGCCCUAGGGAUGAUUUUCCCAAUUCAGAAACCAACUUGAGCUCCAUCUUAGAGGAAGGAGAAGUUGGUGAGCAUAAUAGCCAUAGCCUCCCAAUGGCCAAGGUCUUUCCCAGUCAAGAAAAAAACUUAGACCCAAAUGCUUCUGAACUCCUUGACCCUGGUUUUGGCAACAUCAACUGUGAAGAACUGGAGGCUCCUUCCAAUAAUGUCAGCGUCUACAAGGCUUCACCAAAAGGGGGCAAGACUGGCAUAGCCGGAAGGCCCUCCAGGUUCCUUGUUUUUCCCAAGAUGACCUCCUUCAAAAAAAAUAAAACCUCGGGGGCUGAACAUUUUCUAGGUAGCAGCACCCACCCCAGCAAGGGGAAGGCUGAAGAUGUAGAUGUGGGUAAAGAUGAUGGGGUACAGCAGGGCUUUCAGGCACCAAAUACCGAUUUGCUUAGCAUGAUCACACUGAACAAGGAGAGCAGCAUCCUGGAAUAUUCAGAUGAAGAAAUGAAUGAGAAACGUCCAUUUAAUCGGAUUAGUUUAAGGAGAGCUUCUGGGCCUGGCAGGAUUCCUUUGGAAGACUUAGACACCAGUAUUCCUGAUACAAGCGUAAAAUGUGAUAGGGAAGGGGAAGGAGAAAAAGGAGGCAGGUUAAGCUUAACAGACAGUAGUGAGGCAGAGAUGCCAGAAGAUUCUGUUCCCAGACGGCUGUCCUCUGAAAGUAAUGAAUUGAAGCGAUUCAAAAACACAGAAAAAAAAAUCAGGACAAGGUUUGCCCUGGCUCAGAAAUCUUUUUCUAACUUCUUUGAGCCCAAGGGUCUGGAGAAGGAGAACACUGAUCAAAGUUCUAAAGGUUCCCUUAAGACUGAAAAGGAGAAGACCAAAGUCCGCCAAAGCUCUUGGAAAACAUUGCUGAAAGGCAAAGAAAGUGAUGGAAUGAGAAGACCAGCCUUAGCCAGCCUGGCUCAGUCCCGGCUAGUCCUGCGGUCCCCCAGCUACCCCCUACAAGGGGUCAGUGAUGAGGGUGGAAAACUAACCCAGGACAGGGAGGGGCAGGCCAAUGAGCAAACGCUUCUAAGUGUCCCCUAUGUCCCUCUGCAAGUCCCCGGCUCUCCCAUGCCAAUCAGGGAUGUGGCAUCACCAGAUCAAAGGAGAAAAAGUGAACCAGUCAUCAAAUGCAUGACCACCCGAGAGAGCGGAGAAUCCUUGGGGGGAAGUUUGGCUGUCUCUCCUGCGGAAGCGUGGCUGAAAUCACCCGGCACCCCCUCGAUCCAUCAAAUCUUAUCCUUUAGCUCCCCCUGCUCCCCAGUGUAUGACAGCAAGGACAUGCCCUGCAAGCCAAUGAGUCCCAAGCCGCAGAGCCCCAGGCCCAAUGCUCAGCGCAGAAGCUUCCAGUACUCUGGAAGGGUCAAUGCCAUCUCCAUGAUUUCUCUGGGGAACUGCUACAGCACAGAGGGCAGUCCUGAGGCCCCCGAGAGGCCAAAGACCCUCAAACCUCGAGCCACCUUCCUACUUUCCCUACACGACUUGGACCAGGAGUGCCAGAAAGAAGAGAGUGGGGUAAGCACCCUGUCUCAGGGCAGCCUGGCCACAGCCUCCUCUACGCAAGAGGCCCUGGAAAGCAAGGACCCUACCUUCCACAACAACACGCUGUCUGAAGGAAGACCAGGUGAGAAGCUGGUUUGCCAAUAUGGUAAGAGGGUCCCUCCCACAGGGCCCACCCAAAGGCCAUUCUCCACCAUUGAGAACGUCACCUGGACUUUCCCCUUCCUCUCUGCGGACAGAAACCCCUCGGAGACAUCCUGCAGAACUACAACGAUGUCUCGGAACCACUAUGCCAGCCUCGAUGACUUGUGGCUGGAGAAGCAACGAAAAAGGAAAUUUAAAAAACAGGCCCAUUUGGAGAGGGGGGAGCAUGCUGGGACGCUGCCAAAGGACCUGGUCAAAGCUCGAAUGAAGAUGUCUGUUACUUCCCCUGUGCCUUUAGACAUUCUUGCUCUGAAGAUACAGCCAAUCUCCCAGAGUGCACCAACCUGUUUGGACCACAAGUGCUGGAGAGAACGAAUUCCAUUCUCUAUGAUUCCUGAUGGAGCCCUGGAAAAGUCAGCCCUUGCAGAUGAGCUGGGAAGUGAGGAGGACCUGUAUGAGGACUUCCGAAGCUCCACCCACCAUUACGGCCACCCAGGAGGAGGAGGAGAGCAACUGGCCAUCAAUGAGCUUAUCAGUGAUGGCAGUGUGGUCUAUGCUGAGGCACUCUGGGAUCAUGUCACCAUGGAUGAUCAAGAACUGGGGUUCAAGGCUGGAGAUGUCAUCGAAGUGAUGGAUGCAACCAACAAAGAGUGGUGGUGGGGACGGAUCUUGGACGGUGAGGGCUGGUUUCCUGCCAGUUUUGUCAGGCUUCGGGUCAACCAGGAUGAGCCCAUGGAAGACUACCCUGCUAAAGCCGAGGAUGGCAAAGAAGCUGACACUGGCAGCAUCUCCCGGCGCCAAGGCACAGCCCAGAGCAGCAAAGAUCAGAUGAGGACCAACGUAAUCAAUGAAAUCAUCAGCACUGAGAAAGACUACAUCAAGCACCUGAAGGACAUCUGUGAGGGCUACAUCAAGCAGUGCCGCAAGCGGGCGGACAUGUUCACCGAAGAACAGCUGAAGACAAUCUUUGGGAACAUCGAGGAGAUUUACAAGUGCCAAAAGAAGUUUGUGAAGGCUCUAGAGAAGAAGUUCAACAAGGACCAUCCCCACCUGAGCGAGCUUGGCUCCUGCUUCUUGGAAUAUCAAAAUGAUUUCCAGAUCUACUCAGAAUACUGCAACAACCACCCCAAUGCCUGUGUGGAGCUCUCUAAGCUUGCCAAAGUCAACAAGUAUGUGUACUUCUUUGAAGCCUGCCGGCUGCUUCAAAAGAUGAUCGACAUCUCCCUGGACGGUUUCUUGCUGACCCCAGUACAGAAGAUCUGCAAGUACCCCCUGCAGCUGGCCGAGCUGCUCAAGUACACCAAUCCCCAGCAUAGGGAUUUCAAAGAUGUAGAAGCUGCCUUAAAUGCAAUGAAGAACGUAGCCCGGCUUAUCAACGAGAGGAAGAGGAGACUAGAAAAUAUAGAUAAAAUUGCUCAAUGGCAGAGUUCAAUAGAGGACUGGGAGGGUGAAGAUGUCCUUGCCAGAAGCUCUGAACUCAUUCACUCUGGUGAAUUAACCAGAAUCUCCCAACCUCAAGCCAAGAGCCAGCAGAGAAUGUUUUUCCUCUUCGACCACCAGCUCAUCUACUGUAAAAAGGACCUUCUCCGGAGGGACAUCUUGUACUACAAGGGCCGAAUCGACAUGGAUGACAUGGAGAUCGUGGACUUGGAAGAUGGAAAGGACAAAGACUUUAACAUCAGUGUCAAAAAUGCCUUCAAGCUCCAUUGCAGCUCCACUGAUGAAAGCCAUCUCUUCUGUGCUAAGAAACCGGAGCAGAAAUUGCGCUGGCUCAAGGCCUUUGAGAAUGAGAGAAAACAAGUCCAAUUGGACCAAGAGACAGGCUUCUCCAUCACAGAGGUACAGAAGAAACAGGCCAUGCUCAAUGCAAACAAACAGCAGUCCAGUGGGAAACCCAAAGCCGUGAACCGGCCUUACUAUGACUUCCUGAUGCGCCAGAAGCAUCCCACGUUGCCUGCCAACCUUCCACAGCAGCAGGUCUUCAUGCUGGCGGAACCCAAGCGGAAGCCAUCCAACUUCUGGCAGAAUAUCAGCAGGCUGACCCCCUUCCGCAAGUGACCAGCUGGAGGGGGCGGCCCCUGUGCCCGUGCCUCAACAUCUCCCCCUCCUCCGCCCUUCCAAUAAAGCACUUUAAGGAUCAGCCCCACAUGGACUCAUCACCGGCUCCUCCAGUCCUCUUUGUUCCAUUCCCCCGUGUCCCCAACCCCACAUCCCUCCUCCCUAUUUAUUUUGCGGACUAAAUUCCCAAGUGGGGGAGGCAGCAAUGUGGUGUCAUCGGGGUUGGUGCCUUUUUUGUUUUUGUUUUACUCCCUUGAUGGUAGGGGCAGGCUGGGGAGAUCAUCCUAAACCAGACCGUGGACCCCUAAGCAUCUCCCUGCAGAGAUUGGCCUUUGUGUUGGAUCUUUCUCAGCGGCCCCGCCAGCGACACCCCAUUGCCCGCCUAGCUGGGGACACUGGGGCAGCUCUCAUCCUCUUCCCCCUGACCAUUUGCCCUCCAAAAGGACUCUGACUUUUAACUGGUUUGGCCACCACCUCGACUUUCCUCACUGGCUCCGAGGAACCCCCAUCCCCCACCCCGGAACAACAUCUGGCACUGACUGAGCACGCAAAGAAUUAUGGGUUCUCACUGACUUGACGUCUCUCCUGUGUUUCUGGUUUUUGUUGUUUUAUUCGAGGGUCAGUCCCACUCUCGUUCUUCUUUGGAAAUUCUCCUGUGGCCUCGCAGUGGUCUCUCAGCAGGUGUAACCAAUCAUUUGGCCUUCUUUUCCGUCUGCCUCGAUAAGGCUUGUAUAUGUCUCACUGACCCUUGUUACCUUCUUUCUGACUUUCCCCAGCCAACGGGCGAGAGCCCCUCCCGGGCCAUGUUGAAUGGUGCCAUUCAGGGGCCGCAUGGAGUAAAGUACAGGAAACUUGCAGCCUAGUUUGGUAUGUGUUUUUCCCCGACUCUGAGUUAGGUAAAUUAGGAAACGGGAAAACUGUGCCUAAGCAAAUCUUGGAUCAGAGCUGUUCUUGACUUUCUAGCCCACACCCUUCACGACCAUUGCUCCUGCCGCCGCCGCCGCCGCUGUCGCGGGUUCCUUCCUCCACUCUGCUCCAUUCCUGGCCAAUGAAAAUGCCCUCUUCAUUUGUAAUGUGUUUAUUUAUGGUCAACAGAAACAAAAACAAAUACAGUCGGCUGUGUAUUUUGUAAAGGUUUGUAACCUGUCUCGUCAGCUGUUUGGUGACUCUCGUGCCUGUUUCCGUUAUUUUUUGUUGUUGUUGUUGUUGGUUUUUCGAGGGGGGGAGGGGUAGAUUUUUCUAACAAAGGAGAAAAGAAUUGACGUUAUCCUUGGUGAGUAACAGAAAAAAGAUUUGCCUUACCUUAGGGAGAGCUAGAAGCCAUAAUGACUGAAUUCUGUAGCGCCCAAGGCUUUGGGGGAGGUGGGAGCCCCACAGAAUCCUGGAGAAAAUCUGUCUUUUGGAGCCUGGCGCCGGCUUCCCCCCAGACGGAAGCAGAGGGAAAGGUUUGCGAGAUCGGUGGUGACCGCUGGUCAUCGAGCUUGGCUUUGGGUGACCCCGAUGCCGUGAAUUCCGUAUAGCAUGUAAAAGAGUCAUUGUUGCACUACGCCUUUCUUCGAACUAGAGGCAACAUUUAAUUUCAUAAAGAAACUUCUCAAAAGUGA